AUGGAAGAAUUGAUUGAAAGAUUUAUAACAAUUACCGGUGCAAGUCGUGAACUUGCUAGCCAAUACUUAGCCCGUAAUGAUAAUGACUUAAUGACCUCAAUUGAAGAUUAUUAUGGAAAUUUGAAUACAUCGAAACCACAAAAAAAGAAAGGUGUCAAUACAUUUAGAGAUUUGAAUGAAGAAGAGGAAGAUGAUAAAACCAACACUAAUUUUUUCACUGGAGGUGAAAAGUCAGGAUUACAAGUUGAAGAUCCAAACGAUAGAAAGAAGAAACCUAGGAAUUUAGUUGAAGAUAUUUUUGAAAGAGCUAGACAACAAAUGGAUCAACCUGAUGAUAGACCCAGUAGUGAACCAGUUGACACCCCCAAAUUCACAGGUACUGGAUUCAAAUUGGGAGAUACUGAGUCAGCUUCCGAAAGAAUACCUGAUGCCCAUGCUGGUUUUAGAAAAUUAGAAAGAGCUACCAGAGAAAUAACUUUCUGGCGUCAAGGAUUCACUGUAGCUGAUGGUCCUUUACUCCGUUACGAUGAUCCUCAAAAUGAAUCUCUUUUAGGUGAAUUGAAUCAGGGAAGAGUUCCUUUAUCUUUAUUGGAUGUAGAAUUUGGGCAAGAUGUCGAUGUUAAUGUUAUAAGGAAGGUUGAUGAAGAUUAUACACCACCAAAAAGAAAAGUUGGAGGUUAUGGAGGCUCUGGUCAUAGAUUAGGAUCCCCAGUUCCAGGAGAACCUUCUCCCGCUCCUGAAGUGGAGAAACCAAAAUCUUCCCUUUCAACAGAUUCAAAUAAACCUCAAGAUACUGGAGCAGGUGAUACCACAGUUCAAAUUAGAUUUGCCAAUGGGAAGAAAACUACUCAUAAAUUCAAUUCGACCGAUAGUAUCACUGUCGUUUACGAUUUUGUCAAGAACCAUGAAUUCUCUGAGCCUAGAGAUUUUGUGUUAAGUCAUUCCUUCCCGGUUAAACCUAUUGCCAAAGAAGGUACCGUUGCUGAUGCUAAGUUGAAAAAUGCUGUCAUUGUUCAAAGGUGGACAUAG